AAGAUGAGAGGGCGACUUGUGGCAUUUCGCAGGAGAGGCGAGUCUGCGCGUCAAAGCUGUGCAGCGUCGGCGGGACCUCGGCAAUAACCGAUUUCUGAGGGGAAACGCGGAAACAGCGACGGGGAUCGUGGCAGAAAAGUAGUUUGUAUGGCACCACAGUCGUGCGUGAUGAAUCCUGCGCGGGGAUCGCCGCCCUCGGCUGCCACGGGGGAGACCUCACCUGAGAACCGAGCCGCUGCCGCCGUGGGACCCGAAAAGCUGGACCUGUCACCUGUCAGGAGGUGCACGGGCAGAAGCGUGGAGCUGCCCUUCAGCGUGGAGUCCCUCAUAGCGGACAGGACGCCGGGGAGAAGCCUCCCCUCCCCGGACCCCGGGUCCCUCUGCGCACAGGCGGACGAGACGGAGUGCGCGUCACCGAGGGAACUUUAUCGGUCCAAACCGGAGGCGUGUGACCACAGCGACAAAGAGACGAGCGCCUGGCUCCAGGCUCCUUACGCGUCCCCUCCAAGACUCCCCAGCCCGGCGGCGUGCAACCUACGGAAACACAAGAACAACAGGAAACCCAGAACUCCCUUCACAACCUCGCAGCUGCUUGCUCUGGAGAGGAAGUUCCGACAGAAACAGUACCUCUCCAUCGCGGAGAGAGCCGAGUUCUCCAGUUCCCUCAGCCUCACGGAGACGCAGGUCAAGAUCUGGUUUCAGAACCGCAGAGCCAAGGCCAAGAGGCUGCAGGAGGCCGAGCUGGAGAAGCUCAAGCUGGCCACGAAGCCGCUGCUGCCGGCCUUCGCCUUCCCCUUCCCCCUGAGUGCCUCCAUGGGCGCACCGUCAAUGUACGGGGCCCUGAACGGACCGCGCCCCGCCGUACCUGUCCCCGGACUAUUCAGUGGACCGUAUGGGAUGUACUACCUGUCUUCCUAACGCCCAGCCACCUUCGGACUGCGCUACAGGAAGCACCGCAAAAAACGCCCAAACCGCCUGAAACCUAAAGUGAAAUCUGGGGUCAGAUGUUUUUCGUUAUUGAGGAAUAUUUAGUGGCGUAAUGAAACGUAUUUUUGUUACAAAUGUGUUGGCAGGAAAAUCCGGCAUUAAUUUAAAAAUAAGUGGUUCAUUUACGCGUAAGUGGAGCAAAAGUGUAUGAUUUUUUUUUUUGUCUUUUGUAAAUGUUUCUACAUUUUCUGUUGAUGAGUAGUUAAAACCUGAUGGUAAACUAUUUCUUAACGUGGCCAUUUUGUUCGUUUUGAAUGCGCCCCCCACUGUUUUCUGGUGUUUCUUAUAUUGUAAAAUGGUCAGUUAAAGCAAAUAUCUCUGUAGAUUUCGGGUAAAGGUUUAUUGCCCGAGAUUAUGUCGCGUUCAAAGACCUCCAUGUUUGGGACUAGAGCAGUGACUUGUUGAAUUUCCUCAGCGGCCUAAAAGAACGCUAUUUACAUGUUAUGUCUAAAUUCAUCGUACACUCUGAUCUUAAAACCUCAUUGUAAUUCAUUGAUCAUAUGUCACAGUCAGAUUUCCUUUUGUGGACUGUAGGUGGCAAGACAAUUCAGA